CUAAGAGAAGAAUGGCUGGAUAGCUCAGCACCACCUGCUCAGAUAUCUGCAUCACGGUCCUCACAUUUUUUGAAAUUUUCUGCCAUUGUAAGCAACCAUGUCAGCAGCUCUCAGAGUCAAAGAAGUAGAUCUUCUGUUGAGAGGAAAUGUCAGUAUUUUUCCAUCUUUGGAGACUGGAUCGAGAGCUUGAGACCUCAGUUGAGCUGCUGAGGAAGAAAUGUCCAUCAGGCUGAUGAGAUGGUCACCUAGAAUACCAGAAGGCAAUUUGUAGGAUCUUUCUUCUGCUUGGUCUUAUGAGCCUUACAACUUUUUUGGAUGCAGUAAGCCCAGCUUCUGUUGUUGAACAGGAGGAGGAUGCUGCAGAUGGAGCCACAAUGGAACCCCAGUUGUUUUCAACAUCGUCAUCUUAUAUGGCAGAGGGAUUGGAAGAUGCAAGAACUGAGCUGAACUUCCUGCAAGAACUUGAGACAACAAAUGCAAAUGAAGUGAUAACUACAGUGACAGCUGUGACUGAAACACCAACAACGGGCAUUGUCACCACGAACAAUAUGAAGGCCACAAGGUUUGCAGGAGUUACUACACCUGAAGUGCCACCUGAUGACCAGAAGAUGAAAGCAGACCUUGAACAGAUAGAUUACAACCAAGAUUUUUUCCAUUAUGAUUACCACUUCCUGCGCAAAUGGGGUUUAGUAGCCGCUGCCAUCUUGUUCAUCCUUGGCAUUCUCAUUCUCACCUGCGGUAAACAUGGGAAAUUCCCAAGAUGCCGUGGAAAGAAACGGGCAAGAACCUAUGAUGUGGCCCAGGCCUGAAGCCAUUUCAUAUCCUGAGGAGCAUUGCACUGACACAAGCACACCAUUCAGCAUCACCCUGGAUGUAUCAUAUGGAAGCCUUUCCUAUUCUUCUCCGUGGAAAAAUAGCUGCUUAGCUUCUCUCAACGCCGUCCGCAACAUCCUGUCUAUCUGACCUUCAAUAUACCUUUCCCCGCUUUUCCUACAACACCUAUUUAAUUUUUUUGGCUCUAUACCUAAGAUAUAUUUCUAUUAAUCUAAUUCCCCUGUAGAAUCAGAAAGUUUGAAAGAAUCGUGGAAUGAACUGUCUUUUUUUUGUGCAGCCUCAGGUUUAGAGAGACUUGAGUUGCCAAGAGAAACCUCAUUGUGAAGUUCUGUUCCAACAAGUCUCAUGUUCUGUACUCACAAUAAUACUUUUGGGUGUGUUUUCCCCCUCCUA